UUUAAAUAAAGAGUUAUGUGCUGUGAAUAUACACGUGUACAUAUAGUAUAUAUUUAUGGUGAAUAAAUUCUUUUGAUGGCGGAAGUGCAUAUCAUCGGGCAAAUUUUAAAAGCCGUUGAUUUUGUCGAACCACACAUUUACUGCAAGUGGAGUUUACAAAGCGGUAGCGCUUGGAAACUCAUACAAGGCGAAGUGGCCGGUCAGACACUUGUCUGUUCAAAUCGUCUCGAGCCAACAUCCGAUUUCGCCCAUCCACUGGAUAUACACCUAGCUACAGCCUCAGUGCAGGGUUGGCCAAAAUUGCAUGUGGAAUUACAUGCAGUAAAUUUAUUACAUAACAGUUGGCCAGUGGGUUACGGUUUUGUGCAUAUACCCACCCGACCAGGUGCACAUCGCUUAGAGUUGCUCACUUGGAAGGUGGCGCCUCUUACUUGGUACGAUAGUGUGCGUGAGAAAUUCGGCGGCGGUGGUGUGGGACUCAGUAAACCGGAUCUGAUAUAUACAGGAGUUGAGAGAUACAAACUACAAACACGCUCAUCGGGAAAAAUCAUUAUCGAUCUCAAUUUGAUUUUUCGCAAUUUCGCAAAAUUUGGUGUGGAAUUUAAGUAAAGCGUUAAGAACGUUCGC